UAGAAAACAAAUUCUCUUUCUCUUCUCUUCUCUUCUCCGUUGCAGAACACCACCGGCCGCCAUGGUUAGCGUUCUAACUCAGGAGCGUCUUCUUGGUUUUGCGCUGGGAAGCAUACUCACGGGGGUCGUUGUAUUUGAGCAACGCAGAAGCAUCUACAAAUCCAUUUCUGAUACCCAUUCUCAAUCCACUACGCGGUCUCCGAUGAGAGAACCGAUAUUUGGAAAGAGAUCUCGCUCAGAGUUUGCACAUCAAUGGAACAAAGCUGUGGACCAGACUUUUGGACCUGUUAUUAAUUCCCUUAGUUCACGUGGGUGGUAGAAAUGCCCGAUUGUCUCAGUUUUUGUAUGAACAUCCAACAGUUCGCCCAUAUCUGUAUCUUUAUACAUGUUCUGUGUUACCUCAAAAAAAGAAAAAAGAAAAAGGCAUUUUAUGUGUUGUUCAUGGGACAAGCGUCAAGGGCAAUGGUUAAAGACCUAUGUAAUAAUUUUGCUUGCAAUUAUUAUUUCUUUUUCGAGUAAUGAAUGCAUUUAUUUGGUUUUA